AUUAACGCAAUGUCGUCAUUUACCUCUUGUUGCACGACCUCCGCUGCCUGAUUACGGCAUCUACAUUUUGUGGGAGUGGUGCUGCUGGACGAAGAAGAAGAAGUUGCCAGCAUGGCGUUUACACUGUACUCUCUCAUCCAGACUGCCAUUCUAUGCACUAAUGCAAUCGCUGUGUUGCAUGAAGAAAGGUUUCUAAGCAAGUUCGGCUGGGGUGUUGACCAUGGAGUUGGAGGUUUUGGGGAUGAUCCAGGAAUCAAAGCCCAGAUUCUCACCCUCAUUCGCUCGGUCCGGACUGUCAUGAGAGUGCCUUUGAUAAUAGUGAAUUCGGCCUGCAUCGUCCUGUUGUUACUGUUUGGUUGACAGCGGGGACACCCGAGUGCCAGUGUGAAAAAAUGAAGCCAGAGGACUAGACCUGGAACAACCACAGGAAAAACCACAAACACACCCAGUAAUAUUCGUCAUUCAGAGACUUCUGCCUUUGCCAGUCAUCAGCAGGGUGGAGAUGUCUGGCAUGGAAAGAGAGAAACUUAAAAAUAAACAUGCAGGUGCUCGCAUCCAAAGAGAAGGAGAGUUGACCCAAUGCUCGGUUCAAAGUAUGGCUGGUGUGGACUUAACACCAGGACUAACACUAACCUAACCUGCGUAAAACUACACUUGAUGGUGAUUCUGUCAUCAUCCAAAAGCGUUGUGCUGUGCUUGCGUUUUUGUCCUCGUUUUCACACAUUGAGACACAAGGAUUUGAUGAUAUGUGUCAGUAUUAUCGCGUUACAAAUGAGAAACUUGUUAAAGAAGUGUUGUCAGCAGUAGGGCUGGACAAUAUGGAAGUAUUUAUUACAUGUUUAUUACAUUAUUACAUUUCUAUCAAGGGGUAUAGCUACCUUUUUUAUAUAUACAUUUGGGAGUUUCCUAAACCAGGUAAAAAAAAAAAAUAAACAAUGUUUUUUUUUUUUUCUUCAAGGCUGUUAAUUUGUAUUUCAGACUUCAGUGUGAUUGUGUAUUGUUUUUUAGGGAAGGGAAAUGACAUUUACGGAAAAUGUAAUCAAAUUGUUAAAUUUAACGAAUUGUGAAAAAGUCCAGUUCCAUAACUGCAGUUUAAUAUGAUGAACAAUGUCUUCUGUACCAAAACAGCUAAAUUGCUAAAAUUCUUCACUUUAAACUGGUCAGUUGAACAUUAUUUUAAGCCGUAUAAACCUGGGAUUGGGUCAGAUGUGUGUAAUCUAGACUUUAAGCAAUACUGCUAAACGGCUCAAAACAAUGCACCUUUUUACCAUUUACACAUCAAUACCCUCUCAAUGCCACAAACAUCACUGUAAUGGUAUUGGGAUGGUUUGUUGUCUUGAAAUAAAUGUAUUAGUCAAUAAUA